AUGGACAAAGUUAUGUUGUCUCCACGUGCUCAAAGCAUUACUCUCAAAUCUCUUGAUCUCAGGUGUUGGUCUCAACUCUGGGAGGAUGAGCCUGAUGACUGGCUCGAAGCAGCAAAACGACGUGGCGUGGAGAAUCUCACUCUAGUCUUGUUCAAUGUUCAAUUGGCACCUAGCAUUUUCUGCUGUAAAACACUUAUGCAUCUGCAUUUGACGAGGAUACGUGUAGGCUCUAUGCUUCACUGUUCCGUUGAUCUUCCUUUGCUCGAAACCUUGAUUAUGUCUCAAAUUUCUUUCAAAGAUACUGAGGAUUUCAUGAAACUUCUUUUCGGGUGUCCAAAAUUGGAAUAUUUGAAUAUACAUGGAAUCAAAGCAAAUGGUACAAUUGUAGAAGCAAAUGCCGGUGUUCCAGAUGGAGGGUACUUUAAACACUUAUCCAAAUUGACUCGGGCUCGUAUCUCUUUAUUUAAUGUCCCGUUCACAGCAGUUUAUAAUGUCAAAUUUCUAAGUAUAUGGAUAGAACAAAAUCUUUCCAAUAAACAAAUCAAUACAUUUGAGAAAAGCCUUCCCGUGCUUGAAAACUUAAGGGAACUUCAACUAACUUGGUUCGGACGCAUUCAUAACUGGGAGGUGGUAGUGAAAAUGCUACAGAAUUGUCCCAUACUUCAAACUCUUACCAUUCUAAAGGCGGAGAAUUCAGCAAGCAUAGAGCAUUGGGAAUAUCCAGAUCAUGUUCCAGAAUGUGUUUCGUCUAAUCUAACAAAAUUUGAAGUUAUGCACUAUGAAGCUUGGGAAGCUGAUUUUCGAUUCGCAACAUAUAUUUUGCAGAAUGCGAGACUUUUGCAGAUAUGA